GCGAAGCUAAUUCUCAUUCCGUGGUACAGGAAUAGAAGUUACCGCAGAUUUCCAGCAUUCAUAGUUAUCAGUUUUAGCUCAGAUUGUGGUAACUGAAGGAUUUUGUUACUUGGCUUUAAAUUAAUUAGAGAUCUGGGUAUGAAGUUCCAGCCGAGGUUUCUGGCGGUGUCUGGAGUUUUGCUCCUUUUGCUCGGUGUGGUUUUGUUGUUCGCUGUUCCAGUGAUAAUGAAGCGGAAAGUGAUGGCGAAAGUUCGGAUUGAUCCAGAUAGUGGCCUGGCCUACACCAUGUGGCGAGACAUUCCCGUACCAUUCUACAUGUCGCUGUAUUUCUUUGAGGUUAAAAAUCCUCAAGAAAUUCUGCGUGGUGAGAAGCCAGUUCUUGAGCAGCGUGGGCCUUAUGUUUACAGGGAGUACAGACAGAAAAGCAACAUAACAUUUCACAGUAAUUAUACUGUCACAUACCGAGAAUAUCGGCAUUACCAUUUCUGUCCUGAACGGUCAGCUGGGAAUGAGAGUGAUGAACUAAUCUUGCCCAAUAUGCUUGCUCUGGGUGCAGCUUUAAUGGUUGAAGAUUUAUCUUAUGCUUUGAAACUGAUCUUCAGCACUGCCUUGAAGACAUUUAAUGAGACCCCAUUUAUUAAGAAAUCUGUGAAGGAGAUAAUGUGGGGAUAUGAUGAUCCACUUGUUGAUUUUCUUAAUCGAGUUUUUCCAGGCACACUCCCAUUUAAAGGAAAGUUUGGUUUGUUUGCUGAUAUGAACAACUCGAAUACUGGGUUAUUCACAGUUUACACAGGAGUUGAUAAUAUUACAAAAGUUCAUCUUAUAGACAAUUGGAACGGUAUUAAAGAGGUUAACUACUGGCAUUCCCAGCAGUGUAACCUGAUAAAUGGGACAGCGGGUGAAAUGUGGCCUCCAUUUAUCACUCCUUCAGACACGUUAACCUUUUACAGCCCAGACUCCUGCAGAACAUUGGAACUAGUGUUUCAGAAAUCUGGUUGGACUUUAGAUAUACCUUCUUACCACUAUGUUGCCCCAAAGACCAUGUUUGCAAAUGGGACUGUGUAUCCUCCCAACAAAGGCUUCUGUCCAUGCAGAGAGUCUGGAGUUCUGAAUGUCAGUACAUGCAGACACACUAAUCUGGAACACUCCAUCGCCUUAUCUGAACCAUCCCAUCUCAACUUCACAUAA